AUGACGUUAGUAUACCUGCCCAGGUCAGCGUCUGUGAUUGGUGCAAAGUUCCGCGCGAAAAUUACGUCACGCAGAGUUUGGCGCCACAGCUGCAGCACACGAAAAGACGCAGGGACUGAGAAUAUCAAAAUGUCUUCUCCUACUUCAACUCCUGGCCGCAAACGUGGAAGGAAUACCAACCCUUCCACUCCCAGCAGCGAGGGUCCCAUCUCUCCCCCCUCUCAGCGCCGCAGAGGACAGGACUCCUCCACUGGGGACCUGAUGCCGAUGCCCACCUCCCCUGGUACCGACCUCCUGAGCCCAGCCGCCGCUCAGGACACCUCUCUGUUGUCCAGCCCGCGUCCUUCAGUGGCUCCAAAUGAAGUGGACAUGAGCUCCCCCCUCAUGUACGGGACGCCCAGUUCUCGUGUGGACGCCACUCCACGCAGCUCUGUCCGGGGAACUCCGGCCAGACAGCGCCCCGAUCUGGGAUCCGUGAGGAAGGCUCCGCAAGUGGAUCUGCAGUCAGAGCCACAGACUGCAGAGGGGGCUGCUGUGGGCAGUGAGACCAAUGUAGGGCAGAAGUUGGUCAUCUGGGGAACGGACGUUAAUGUCGGAACCUGCAAAGAUAAGUUCCAGAGAUUCUUGCAGCGCUUCAUCGACCCGACCUCCACUGAGGAUGAAAACGCUGGUCUGGAUCUCAAUGAGCCUCUCUACAUGCAGAAGCUGGAAGAGAUCAGUGUUGUUGGGGAUCCAGUGUUGAAUGUGAAUUCUCUGCACAUCCAGAGCUUUGAUGCAGAGCUGUACAGGCAGCUUAUCAGCUACCCUCAGGAAGUCAUCCCCACUUUUGACAUGGCUGUGAAUGAGCUCUUCUUUGAGCGCUUCCCUGACUCCAUCUUAGAAUUCCAGAUUCAAGUCCGUCCUUACAAUGCCCUGAAAACCCGAAACAUGAGGAGCCUGAACCCAGAAGACAUCGAUCAGCUCAUCACCAUCAGCGGCAUGGUGAUCCGCACCUCGCAGCUCAUCCCAGAGAUGCAAGAGGCUUUCUUCCAGUGCCAGGUGUGCGCCUACAGCACGCGGGUGGAGGUGGAUCGCGGGCGCAUCGCUGAGCCUGCUGUGUGCCGCCACUGCAACACCACCCACAGUCUGGCACUCAUUCACAACCGCUCAGUCUUUUCAGACAAGCAGAUGAUCAAAGUCCAAGAGUCCCCUGAAGACAUGCCAGCGGGGCAGACGCCGCACACGACAAUAGUUUAUGGUCAUAAUGACCUGGUGGAUAAAGUGCAGCCGGGAGACAGAAUCAACAUCACUGGCAUAUACAGAGCCGUCCCGAUGCGAGUGAACCCGCGUCAGAGCAACGUGAAGUCGGUGUACAAAACCCACAUUGACGCCAUCCACUUUCGCAAGACGGACGAGAAGCGGCUGCACGGCCUGGACGAGGACGCGGAGCAGAAGCUGUUCACAGAGGACCGUGUGCAGACGCUCAAAGAACUGUCAAACAAACCUGACGUGUACGAGCGCCUCUCCUCUGCCCUGGCUCCCAGCAUCUACGAACAUGAGGACAUCAAAAAGGGCAUUUUGCUGCAGCUUUUUGGCGGCUCUCGUAAAGACUUCAGUCAGACCGGUCGAGGCCACUUCAGGGCAGAGGUGAACAUCCUUCUGUGUGGAGACCCUGGUACCAGCAAGUCCCAGUUACUGCAGUAUGUUCAUAACCUGGUGCCCCGUGGACAGUACACCUCUGGAAAGGGCUCCAGUGCAGUAGGUCUCACAGCCUACGUGAUGAAGGACCCUGAGACCCGGCAGCUGGUGCUGCAGACUGGAGCACUGGUGCUCAGCGACAAUGGCAUCUGCUGCAUUGACGAGUUUGACAAGAUGAGUGACAGCACGCGCUCUGUGCUGCACGAGGUCAUGGAGCAGCAGACGCUCUCUAUCGCCAAAGCUGGGAUUAUCUGUCAGCUGAAUGCCAGAACUGCUAUCCUCGCUGCGGCCAACCCUGUGGAAUCCCAGUGGAACCCCAAAAAGACCACUAUUGAGAAUAUUCAGCUGCCUCACACUCUGUUGUCCAGGUUUGACUUGAUCUUCCUGAUGCUUGAUCCCCAAGACGAGGCUUACGACCGCAGACUGGCUCACCACUUGGUGGCGCUGUACUACCAGAGCGAGGAGCAGAUUGAGGAGGAGUAUCUGGACAUGGCUGUGCUGCGGGACUAUAUCGCAUAUGCACGCACAUACAUCAACCCACGGCUGAGCGAGGAAGCCAGCCAGGCACUCAUAGAGGCCUAUGUGGACAUGAGGAAGAUUGGCAGUGGCCGUGGGAUGGUGUCUGCUUAUCCCCGACAGCUCGAGUCUCUCAUUCGACUCGCCGAAGCUCACGCCAAAGUGCGCUUUUCUGAGAAAGUGGAGACCAUCGACGUAGAGGAGGCCAAAAGGCUCCACAGAGAGGCCCUCAAGCAGUCUGCCACAGAUCCCAGGACUGGCUUUGUGGACAUCUCUAUCCUUACUACAGGAAUGAGCGCCACUGCACGCAAACGCAAGGAAGAGGUGGCUCAAGCACUAAAGAAACUUAUCCAAGCCAAAGGAAAGACCCCUGCCAUGAAGUACCAGCAGCUGCUCGAGGACCUGAGGGGACAGUCUGAAGCGGCCAUCACAAAGGAGCUGUUUGACGAGGCACUGCGGGCCCUGGCCGAUGAGGACUAUUUGACAGUAACUGGCAAAACUGUCCACUGCAGCUGGUGGGACAGGACCAUAAACCGUAUAGAACGACAUAUAACGGGACUGGGGUUUGGCUUUUGCGCUGAUGUCACAGCUCUGUGUGCUGCUGCUCUACUGCUGAAGGAGAUGGCCGCGUCAGUUAGAGUCCCACGUAAUUUUCGCUUGUUGGAGGAGCUGGAGGAGGGUCAGAAGGGCGAAGGUGAUGGCACGGUGAGCUGGGGUCUAGAGGACGACGAGGACAUGACCAUGACCAAGUGGAGAGGCAUGAUCAUCGGACCGCCACGCACCAAUUAUGAGAACAGAAUAUACAGCCUGAAGGUGGAGUGUGGACCCGGAUACCCAGACAUAGCCCCAAUCGUUAAAUUUGAAACUAAAAUUAGCAUGAAUGGGAUAAGCAAUUCAACCGGGAUGGUGGAUUCACGUAGCAUACCAAUCUUAGCCAAAUGGCAAAAUUCUUAUAGUAUUAAAAUAGUCCUUCAAGAGCUAAGGCGUCUCAUGAUGUCCAAAGAGAACAUGAAGCUUCCGCAGCCUCCAGAAGGACAAUGCUUCAGCGGUUAA